UGUGGUAUUGGGGGCGAAGGACAAAAGUGGCGAUCUGGCACACUGUUUAGAAAAUUGCUUGAGAAGAGGGGAAUUACGUCCACAGAGGGUCGGAUAGAUAAAGAGCCUCCAAGACACGUGCAUGUGGAGUGCGUGGGUUGAACCCUGUGUGGCUCACGGCAGGAGGCACCAGCAUCUGGGUGGUGAUCUAGGGCGACCGCGCGUGGCCGCCUCCACCUGCUGGAGGAGCGGUGGGGGCGGAGCUAAGAUGCGGAGGGAGGUGACGCACGCGCAAUCCACAUCACCAGGCUCCCGCUCGACCCUCACCCAGGCCCAGACCGCGGCAGAAUCCUCUGGCUGCCUGUCGGUUAACAAUGGUUUCUGGGAUGGUUUCUACCAUGCUAUCUGGCCUAUUAUUUUGGCUGACACUUGGAUGGACUCCCACAUCUGCUUAUAGCCCAAGGACCCCUGACCGGGUCUCAGAAACGGAUAUCCAGAGGCUGCUCCAUGGUGUUAUGGAGCAGUUGGGCAUUGCCAGGCCACGGGUAGAGUAUCCAGCUCACCAGGCCAUGAAUCUUGUGGGCCCACAGAGCAUUGAAGGUGGAGCUCAUGAAGGUCUUCAGCACUUGGGUCCUUUUGGCAACAUCCCAAACAUUGUGGCAGAGUUGACUGGCGACAACAUUCCUAAGGACUUUAGUGAAGACCAGGGUUACCCGGACCCUCCAAAUCCCUGUCCCGUUGGAAAAACAGUAGAUGAUGGAUGUCUGGAAAACACCCCGGACACAGCAGAGUUCAGUCGAGAAUUCCAGCUGCACCAGCACCUCUUUGAUCCAGAACAUGACUAUCCAGGCUUGGGCAAGUGGAACAAGAAACUCCUUUACGAGAAGAUGAAGGGAGGACAGACACGAAAGCGGAGGAGUAUCAAUCCAUAUCUACAAGGACAGAGACUGGACAACGUUGUCGCAAAGAAGUCGGUCCCCCAUUUUUCAGAUGAGGAUGAGGACCCAGAGUAGGGUGAGGAUGCUGGGUAGAAACCCACACGGCCCGUAGGCCUCAGUACUGCUUACGUGCACGUGUUAUUAGAGCCCCUGUGAAUGGCAGCAUGUUUCUAAUUUAGACUAGUAUGGAUGAAAAGCAGCUGUAUUUUGAUAUUGCAUUGUCCUUCACACCGAUAGCUCUGCUUUCUACCAAAUUAGAAUAAGAGCUCUUUUCUUUUUAAAUGUGGAUCUGCAACGGGCAUUGAAAUUAAGGUGUAUAUAUCAACAACAGUAAAAAGCAAGACUAUGAAUGAAAUGUCCUCAGAUUUCUUGCAAUUUAAAAUGGUGUUUUGGGCUGUGCUGUUUUGGCCAAGUCUGUAGAAAGCUGGCAUUUGAUUUUGAUUAUGUAGUUCACCCAGCCCUUGGGCAUUGUUACACAUCAAUAAAGAAGGUUGUACUCAAGAGGAGGAGCGGACACAUUUCACUUGCCUACAUCUUAAUAAAUGUGUAUGCAAGCC